GACGUGAUGUGCUGUUGGCGCAUGGCUGUCUCUCUUUUUUCCUCUUCCGAGUUACAGGGGGUUGAGCAGGGAUUUUUGGUCUAUUUAAGCUGGGGGUGGAAUUGAGCAGGUCCGUCUCGUUUUUUUCAUUCCAGACACACAACAAGCAAGCAAACAACAAGCAAGCAAGCAGCUUCUGCGCUCUUCCACUCCCUCUUCAACCUUCGACACCAAACCAACAGCAAAAAUGAAGUUCGCAUCAGCAGCCCUCUCUCUCACCGCCUUCUGCGCGCUCACCAUCACCCACGUCGCAGCCCACGGCGCCAUCAUCGGCGCGAAAGGCGUCGCUGGCCCCGCCGGCCGCGCCCUCGGCAUAGAUCCCGCCACCCCCCGCGACGGCAAAGGCCGCAACCCCUUCCAACAAGACACCUCCAUCAUCCGCGACCGCGACAUUGCCUCCGGUAGAGCAUCCGCCUGCGGCCGCACGCUCGCCGGCGGGACCAACGACAUCGCCGCCGGCGUCGCGGCGCUCACGCAGGAACUCGGGGGGCUCCCCGAAGUCGCCGCGGGGCAACCGCUCGAACUGACCGUGCACCAGAUCAACGGCGACGGAGCCGGCCCAUACACAUGCGAGGUCGACCAGAGCGGCACGGGCGACAACUUCCAGGCCGCGCAGAUCACCACCAACCUCCCCGGCCGGCGCGGCAACAACCGCGCCACGCAGCUGACCGACCAGCCGCUGGUCGUGCAGAUGCCCGCCGCGUUGAAGUGUGCCGGUGGCGCCGCCGGCAAUAUGUGUCUCGUGAGGUGCAGGAACCCCGCGAGGGCGGGUCCGUUUGGUGGGUGUGUGCCCGUUACCCAGGGGGCGGCUACGGCUACCGCUGCGGGCGCUGAGACAGCUGCUGCUACGGCUGCCCCUGCGGCUGGUGGUGAAGUCGCAGCACCCGCCGCUGGUGAAGUCGCCGCACCCGCCGCCGGUGAAGCCGCAACCAACGCCGAAACCGCCGCCGCGCUCGAAACCCGCCAAGAGGCCGAGGCCGACGACGCCGACGACGAGGACGAGGAUGACGAGUAGAUUCCUCCUCCUUACCUCACCCCCACCCCCUCAAAUGUAACAUAGUUGUAAAGCCUCCCCCCCAUCUCCUUCCUUUCACAUCUGUCCAGCGCUUUUUACCCCCGUCCGACUCUUCAAGAGACCGCGGCCAUAUCUGUACAUUCUACGCAUUCCCACUGGACGGGUCUUGUAAAUACACCCCACCCACACCCUCUGUACAUAGCUCUGCAUAUAUAUCACUGGUCAAAAAAAGGACAUACUUUGGGAAUCUCCCACCCCAUUUG